AUGUACGAGGAACCACCUUGGGUCUUUCCGCGUCGGGUGCAAGGGUUUGUGCCACCAAAGGUCUUACAAUUUAUGUGGCAAGCGGCAGAAGGAAAAAUAGUUGUCAUGGAAUGUCUCAGGAGGCGCGGUGCAGAUGUGGAAGGGGAGGGCGUGUGUGUGUUGUGUGGCCUUGAACGCGAGACGGUCCAACAUCUUCUUUUAACCUGUGUUUUUGUUUCAGGAAUUCGGAAUCGUAUCAUGAGGAGGGAGAGCAUCUCUUGGUGUGUGCCAGGUUCUGUAAAAGAAAUGCUGCAGCAAUGGAAUGCCUUAUGCGUUGGAACAGCAAAGGAAUUAUGGGAGGUGAUACCCUAUGCGGUGGGAUGGACGGUGUGGCUUGCUAGGAAUGGUGCUAUUUUCAGGGCUGAGGAGGUCUCAUUGGAGAUGGCAUGGGAUCUUCAUAUUACCAGAAUUUAUUGGUGGAUUCAAGCGGCUAAUAUUGAUUGUGAUUAUUCUUUGCAUGAUUUUCAGCAGAGUUUUUAG